GUGUUCUUAUUUUUUAAUUUCUUUAUUCUUACAAAUUCUUUCCCAUUUCUCAUUAUAUUUUUCCAGGUGAGGGAGGCAGUGGAGGAGAAUGAUUAUGAAUCAGCGCUGACAUCUUCCAGGAAAGUAAAACAUUUUUGUUUUGGUGUGUUAUUGGCUUACAUAGGUAUUUUGGCUGUUGCUGGAGCGUUGCUUGCCCUAUACUUCACUACAGGGAAAAUAUUCUAAUUCCAUGCUGAGAUUAUUCAAUUUGCACAAAAAAACGUUUGAAACUUUGCACUAUUUCGAGCACUGUAAACUUAUAAGCAAAGCCUCGCACGAUCUAAGCUUCGUCAGUAAAUCUCAAAGCUACCAGUUACACUUGCGAAGCGAAGUAAGGGACGAAGGACUCCAUAAUUUUACAAAUAUACUUUUCAAAGAAUAAAUUAACCAUGCAUGAAGAAACACAAGCCGGGGCGAAACUACCCCUCCCCCAGCCGUAAUACCGAAGUUUCUCCCCUGAACACAAGUGACAGUAGCUAUCAUUAUACCCAUAUCGCCAUAAUUCGUAAAGGAACAUCUUGUUUUUUUAAAAAAUAAAUGCCUCGUACUACAAUUCAGUUGCUUUGCAAGCAAAUAUAAGUAAGUCUAAGCAAAACCACUGGUAUAAACUAGCUUGUGGCCAGGACCUUUGUAUUUUUUGCACUGUACACAACCUGCCGCGCAAAUGUCAAAACAAAAUCAUGUAGUUGUAAUUUCAUUCUGAGGAAUUAUUUCUGUAAAUUAUGCAAACCUGUUCGCAGGUUAGGUACUCUAGGUACCAUGAGAUCUCAAAUCAGUGCCUACUUUAUAUAAGAUUUCAGUUGAGGAGCAUAAAUACAUGAGGGGACAUGAUCUUCAAUAUUUUUAGAAUAAUUUAAAAAUCCAAGUUUAUGCAAUAAUUUAUGCAAUAAUUUAAUUUAUACAUCCUUGUGUUCAAGUAUUUAAUUACCUAUAACUCGUUCAUGCAUAUGUGCUGUUUACUCAACUGUUAGUGUAAAACAAAUACAAUAUUGAGUUCACGCGGGCAAUAACCCUGUGUAAUAAAACCUUAACAAAGACGGAAUUAUCGCUAGGACAGCUGAGGGUAGGCAAUAUUUAAACAUAUGAUGAUGAUUUAUUCUAGUAAUUUGGGAGUUUCAGAAUUAGACUACAACAACGUUGCCACGUUGGUACUGAUAUUUGAACAUACGAUCUCGGUCGUUUUGUAAUAUUUAAGAUCUCAUAAAGAGCUGCUGACAUUGUCACUUAGCUGUUUAUACUAAAUAGAUUCAUUGUUAAUGCUAAUUAUGCUAUACUCUCGGUAUAUUAUCAACAAGAAACUUGGAUUUGACUUCGCUCUCUAAUUGUAAAUGAGCUUAUACAUGCACGAUCGGCAAUUGUUUUAAUAUAAGGAUAUAACUAACUAUGCUUCAGGCGCUGUCUUAGUAGGCAGCAUAUAAUCUUUAUAGUUGCGUCCUAUUCCCUCAGGCUGCUGGCUGCAACUUCUUUUAUGUAUGAUAUAUAUUGUACUGUUGGUGGGUUUUAUUCAAACGUUACGGCGCAGCGGAUGGGUGUCAAAUUCAGAAAUAUCCACCCUAUUAGGGGCAAGAGCAACUUUAAAGAAAUGUCGAUCCAUCAGCUUCUAAUAGGCUCGACAUUUCUCAUGAAGUUCACCCCUUAUCUGCAGGCUCGUAACGCUUGAAUGAAACCCAUCAAUGUGCCCUAUGCGAUGUUCAUCAGUAUGCGAAAAUGUACUUUCAUUGAUUUAUACACAAUAUGAAUUUUAUAGUAGUAGUAAUAAUAAUAAUAAUAGUGAAUAAUUAUUCUGUAUAAGUUCAUAUAAGUAGCUAUGGCUAAUGUAAAAAAUAGUGUUCGGCGUAUUUUUUUUCUUUUAUUUGAAAUAUGUUUCAUUUGUAUCUUUUGUAUAUGGUAAUUCUUUGUAAAUUCUAAUUUUUUAAAAAUUUCAUCUGAAUAAAGUUAUCGUGUUGAUGUGUGUUCAGAACGGACGCCUAUAACGUUAGCCUAUCAUGCACUAUAUUGAGUAUGGGGAGAGAGAAUGCAGGAUAAAUAAAAUUGCAACAUUGCUUUAAUACUUUACAACCAACAGAUAUACAUGCACUGAUUCUCAGAGUUAAAAUAGAAAUGUAUGCACAACUAAUACAAUUGCGUGGCGUUUUAAUAUUGUUAUUCCUGCUAUUGUUAAAAGUGUUUGCGCACCUGGCUAAGGCGAGCACGAACGAACGUACAAAUUAAUAGUCUGCAGCUUUGACUAUUUAUGCCAAGAUAGUAUAUCCAAUCAAGUUUUAAAAAUCAAGCUAUAUAUUCAAAAAAGAUUGAAUCCUCCCCCACAUGUGAUAAUUCAUUCAUCUAUACGAGAUGUGUAUUAAAUCAGUGCCAAAAGUUUUAAAUUAUAACUUAGUGCAUGCAUGUUAUUAAAGCCUCAUUCACACCAGCAAUUUUGUCGGCGAUUUUAAUUUGUGUUUCUGACGGAUGCAAAUGAGUGAACUCACACACAAAAGUAUAGAGUCGCUUUUCAGAAGUAAACAAUUCUAAGUCUUUUGCAUGUCAUUCAUUCGAUCACAUCUUCCAGGAGGAGAAAAAUCGCCGACAGAAUUGCUAGUGAGUGAACUGGGCUUAAAUGUUCGCCGGGAAACAUAAAUUGCACCAUGAACCAAUAUACUAUUUUUUUAAAUACUUAGUAUGUUUAGCUUUUCUCAUCAUGCAUAUAUAACACUACACCAUUGGUUUAAGAUAUAAUUGCGCAGAUUCAAACAGUAAAUACUGCUUUAUAUUAAUGUAUUUUCCUUAUAAAUUUUAAUGAGCUAAGUAAGAAUCAAUAUAAAACGCAGUGUUUAAUGAAAAUUUGCCAGUCAUGCAAUAACGCCAUUUGCGUAGUGUAUAGUAUAGGAUAAUUCUUAUUUUAGGCUAUUGUUAAGAAGCGUAUCAAAUAUACAAAAGCUGAGCUAAAAUGCACCCCAUGCCAUUUUCUGUCGGAGAUAUAGUUCGCUUUUGUGAAUUUUUGGAAAACGAUGGUCAGCUAGAUCGAUUAAGUAGAUUCCUAUGGUCUUUGCCUUAUUCGGUGAAAGAAAUUUCAUCUUCUGAGUCUAUCGCGGUUUUUCGUGCAGUGGCUGCGUUUCAUAGUGGUGAUUUUCCCGAACUCUACCAUAUCUUGGAAAGUCGACAGUUUUCCGACGAAUUCCACGAGAAAUUGCAGCGUCUUUGGUUCAAGGCACGUUAUAUGGAGGCAGAGAGGUGCAGAGCGAGGUCGCUGGACGCUGUCGCGAAGUAUAGAAUACGAAGAAAGUUCCCCAGUCCCAGGACGAUCUCAAGUGGUCGGGAGAAGAGUUACUGUUUUCAAGAAGAGACAAGGAAGGUUUUGAACGGGGUAUGAUUAUUGAAAAUCUUUCUGGCUAUAUUUAUGAAGUUAAUAAGCUAUUACUCACUGGAAAAAAAGUGAAAUCCAUACUACGAAAUUUGCAAUUGCACCACUAAAUCCAUAGUAUAUCCAUACUAUUUCGAUACUAUAUCCACACUAUGGAAAUAUACAAUUAUUAUGGAUAAUCAAAAUCCAUUCUAUUUCCAAUAAAGGUCCAUACAAUUUCCAUUCUAUGACCUUCUAUGGAUUUUCAAAAUUUUUCCCAGUGACUUGCUCUCUGAGUUAAUUGCAUGCGAAGAAAGCACAAUGGGAGACUCUAGCCCUAUUACAACCUCUGAGGAAUUUAGGUAGUUCAAAUUUUCGAUAUGACGUCUGCCCCUCCGUGUGCUUGACAUGCUCAAUUCUACCCGCGUGAAAACUAAACUAAACUAACUAGCUUUCAGUUCCAUACUGUUCUCCCUAGAGAUCCAGUAAAGACCAUUCCUCAGUAUCCACUGAUACAACAGAAGAAAACUGUAGUACCCGGACGAGACUUGCUGUGUUAGGUAGAGUCAAACUGGAAGUAUUCCUCUCACAUGCGAUUAUAGAGAAAUUAUAACCAGCCAAUGAGCAUACUGCAUAUUGCAGAAAUAAUGGUGAAGAGUACAUGCUAAAAAAUGUUAUUACAACACGAGUAUACAAGUACUACUGCACCUAAGUUGAAUUAAGAUCAUGUAAGAGGAAAUGCUCUAAUGUGGGUCUUCCAGGGGUUUCUAGAGAGCAGUGGGAACAAUGGAAGCCAAAAAAUCAUAGGUGAAAUGUUUGGUAAAAUCUUUGUGGGAAACAAAGCCACACAGGAAACAUUUCCAGGGGAAUAUACAGGAAUACAACCCCCCCCCCCCCCCCCUUAGCCCUCCACACCCUUGAAAAUGCAGUUGUAAUUUUCCAAGGCAUACGAAGAGAAACCAUACCCCACAUUGGGGGACAAACGAAAGUUGGCAGAACAGACGAACUUGACAAUCACUCAAGUCAGUAACUGGUUCAAGAAUAAAAGACAACGAAUUAGGAUGACUAAACAACGAAGAAGGUUUGUAUGCUGAUUGAUCAGCUAUGGAUUUUAACCACUAUAUGCAUUUACAUGCACCAUAAGAGUGUUUAGUGAGUUCCUCAUUCCGUCGAGCAGUAAGCAAAAAGAUUCAUAUCAAAAUCCACACAUCCAUUAUGUACUGUAGUCUCACACUUACAGGUAUCACCUAUAUUAUGAAAAUAUACACAUUCAUAUUUUAAAAUUUUGUAGCGACAUAAAAGAACCGUGGUCAAUGAUUUUCAAUACAGCCUACGACUCGUAUGUUACGUGUGAAAGAAACCCUGGAAAGUAUGGAAGCUGUUCUGAGCAGUUUUCAUUAAAUACGAAUAUGGCCAGCCCACAUCAUGCAUCGUGCAGCUCAACAAAAAUUGCGGGACAAAGUCAAUGCCAUGUAUAUCAAGCAAUAGAUUUUGCCGCGAAUUUCGCUUCGGACACUUUUGGAAUCUGAUUGAUCGUCCGUGAGACGGAUUUUGGAUUGAAGAAGAUGAUUAACAGUAGCCUCCAGACAUCACCGAGUCAAACAGUCGCUUUGUACUACAAGAUUUGAAAGACUUUUUAUAUAGGGUACAGUAUAUCGUGUGUUAUAGCUAGAUAACCUAGAUUGAUUGGGAAAUGUUGGGAAUUCGUUG